UGAUCAAUAUAACCAAUAAUCAAUAAACAAAAAUAUGAUCAAUAUAAUUAAUAACCAGUCGUGUGAUCAAUGUAACCAAUAACCAAUAAUAUGAUCAAUAUAGCCAAUAAUAUGAUCAAUAUAACCAAUAAUCAAUAACCAAUAAUAUGGUCAAUGUAACCAAUAAUGUGAUUACAGGCAAAUUGGUUUAAACAUUAUUUGUAAUAACAUGUGCUGGUAGACAGACAGAGACCCCAGACAUCGAGCGUGAACCGACUGGAAGGAACUGGUCCAUUGACGUCACUGAGGAAACUAAACGCCCGCGUUUUUUCCCCUUAAAUGGAUUUCCUGUGCUGUCGUUGUGAACCACUGAAGUGAAGAGUUUAGUGCACGAGCUCACGACCGGUGCUUAAACAAACCUGACGCUGUUGUUCGUCUGGACACAUCUGGGGAGACCAAAUCCACUCAAACCCACGCAGUCUUUUCUUCAACAUCCGUUGUUCACUGUGAUUGAUUUGCCACCAUGAUGCACACAAAGUUGAUCGAGUUCGGGAAGAUGCUUAUGCGUAGGCGUGUGCUGGACACCACUGAAAUGGAGACUCGCUUUGCUCGCUGUCUGUCCACUCUGGACCUCAUUGCUCUGGGAGUUGGAGCCACAUUAGGGGCUGGAGUGUAUGUUCUAGCUGGAGAAGUGGCCCGGGAGAAAGCUGGCCCAGCCAUAGUGAUUUGCUUCCUGAUUGCCGCUCUGUCCUCAGUGCUUGCAGGUCUAUGUUACGCUGAAUUCGGAGCACGUGUCCCAAAAACAGGCUCCGCCUACCUCUACAGUUACGUGACAGUGGGUGAAAUCUGGGCAUUUAUCACAGGAUGGAACCUCAUUCUAUCCUAUGUAAUAGGAACAGCCAGUGUGGCCCGAGCCUGGAGCUCUACUUUCGACACCCUGGUCAAUAGGAGCAUCUCAAACGUUUUCAGUAAAUACAUGUCACUUCCAGAAACUGGGAACGUGCUGGCAAAAUAUCCAGAUCUGUUUGCGCUCUGCCUUGUCAUACUGCUUACUUGCCUGCUGGCGUUUGGCGUGAGUGAGUCAGCCCUGGUGAACAAGAUCUUCACAGGCAUCAACCUGGUGGUAUUGAGUUUUGUCAUCAUUGCUGGCUUUGUGAAGGGCGACACUGCCAACUGGAACAUCUCUGUGGAGGACAUCAAAAACAACAAAAGUCCUCCAGUACCCCACACCUCGGACUUUGGCACAGGAGGUUUUGCACCAUUUGGCAUUUCUGGGAUUUUGUCUGGUGCAGCCACUUGCUUCUAUGCAUUUGUGGGUUUUGACUGCAUUGCAACCACAAGUGAAGAAGCCAAAAACCCGCAGCGUUCAAUUCCAAUAAGCAUAGUGGCCUCACUGCUCAUCUGCUUCGUUGCUUACUUUGGAGUGUCUGCAGCUCUCACUUUGAUGAUGCCUUACUACCUUCUAAACACUGAUAGUCCAUUGCCUGAGGCUUUUGAAUAUGUGCAAUGGAUACCUGCCCGCUACAUUGUGACUGUAGGCUCCCUCUGCGCUCUUUCAACCAGCUUGUUGGGUUCAAUGUUCCCCAUGCCCCGUGUAAUCUUUGCCAUGGCUGAGGAUGGCCUGCUGUUCCGUUUCCUCUCCCGCAUGCACAAGAAAACAAAGACCCCCAUGCUUGCCACCAUUGUGUCUGGCAUUGUUGCAGCUCUCAUGGCCUUCUUAUUCGAUCUGGCUGCUUUGGUGGAUCUUAUGUCUAUUGGGACCCUGUUGGCUUACACAUUGGUGGCAGUGUGUGUGCUCAUCCUCAGGUACCAGCCAUACAGCCUGGAUUCCAGCACUGACAUAAAGCGGCUGGAGCUGCAGACGCUGACUGAAAAGGAGAAUGUGACCGAGCUGGAGAAAAAGCCACAUAAUGAGACGUUCUCCCUCAGACAUCUGCUGCUGCCUGGCUCUGAGUCACCCACCAAGACCUCAGGCCUCAUUGCCUAUGUCACUACAGCUGUUACCUGUGUGUUUUUCACUCUGCUGUGCAUAGUGCUGGCAGUGUGGGGUGAGAACAUCAUACAGGGGGAGUCUGUAUGGGUCACUGUAGUGACAGUGCUCAGCAUCGCCUCCACCAUCUGCAUUGUCAUCAUCUGGAGACAGCCUCAGAGCAACGAGGCCCUCAGCUUCAAGGUGCCUCUGCUUCCCAUCUUACCUUUGGUCAGUAUCUUUGUUAACAUCUACCUCAUGAUGCAGAUGGAUGGACCAACAUGGAUUCGUUUUGCAGUAUGGAUGGCUAUUGGCUUUUUGAUUUACUUUGGGUAUGGAGUCAGGAACAGCUCAGAAGCCAAGCAGAAUUCAGAGGCUGUUCUGGAAGUAAAGAAGCCUAUAUAUUCUUGCAAAAAUAUCAACGAAGUUGAAGGAAGUGCUGCCUAAGAAGGAUGAGUGAAAUAUGGGUUAGUGUUUACAACAUGGUUUAUUUCACAUACGCACAAUUCUAUGAUUUUUAACCUGCAGAUUGCCUUAUUUGUUGUGUAAAUGAGAUGUUUCUCAUUUCAUGAUCUGUAGUACUGGUAUACCACUACCAUUAUUUUAUAAUUAAAUAUGGAGUUGACUAUUUAGAAAAGUGACUGUUAGAAUGUUCGUUUUUUUUAUAUACUGUGUGUGUGUGUGUGUGUGUGUGUGUGUGUGUGUGUAUAUAUAUAUGUGUGUGUGUGUGUGUGUGUGUGUGUGUGUGUGUGUGUGUGU